AUGAAAUUCCACAACCAAUUUCUUUUUAAUUUCAAACGUCUAUUAUUUCCCAUCAUCAUCAUCAUCCUUGCGGUGUUGCUUUCUUUUUCCCAUUUCACUGCUUGUGAAGCUUCUUCUUCUUAUUCUGCAGCUCCAAUUAGAGAAAAGGAAAGAGAGGCUCUUCACAAGCAAACCCAAUCUCUAAUUCUCUCCUCCUGGGCUCCAAACACCAGUAGCAGCCCUUGCAAUUGGGUUGGGAUUCAUUGCAAAAAGGGUAAUGGAAGUGUCACCCACAUACGCCUUCAAAGUGUUGGUUUAAGAGGUACACUUCACUAUCUCAACUUCUCAUGCUUCCCUCAUCUCCGUAGCAUCGAUCUUUAUAACAAUUCACUCUACGGGACAAUCCCCAACCACAUCACUAGCCUUUCCAAGCUCACCUAUCUUGACUUGUCUUUUAAUUCUCUCUCUGGAGCAAUUCCAUCUGAGAUAGGGAAACUGAUGUCGCUCACUGAGAUGUCACUCGCGACCAACAAUCUCAUAGGUCCAAUCUCUGCUACAAUGUGGAACUUGACCAACUUGACCGUUCUAUACCUUUAUGACAACAAACUUUCAGGACCCAUCCCUCAAGAAAUUAGAAUGUUGAGGUCUUUUGUCGAUUUGGAGUUGUUCGAGAACUUCUUCUCAGGUUCAAUACAUGCUUGGAUGAAGAACUUGGUCAACUUAAACACUUUAUACCUUUAUAAAAAUAAACUAUCGGGACCCAUCCCUCAAGAAAUUGGAAUGUUGAGGUCUCUUGUCAAUCUCGAUUUGUCCGAGAACAACUUCUCAGGUCCAAUACCUUCUUCGAUAGGGAAUUUAUGCAACUUAACCAUGUUGCCCCUUCACGAAAAUCAACUCUCUGGAUCCAUUCCAUCCACUAUUGGGAACUUGACCAAGUUGAGUGAGAACGAGAUUACUGGUCAUUUACCACAUAACAUAUGCCGUGGUGGAACACUUGUAAAUUUCACUGCAUUUGGCAACAAUCUCACAGGUCCAACCCCUAACAGCUUGAAGAGUUGCACUAGCUUAUUCAGAGUUAGGCUUGAAAGAAACCAACUUUCUGGAAAUAUAUCAAAUGAUUUCGGCAUAUAUCAAAACUUAAAUUAUAUUGAUUUGAGUGAUAAUAAAAUGUUCGGUGAGCUUUCUAGUAAAUGGGGCCAGUGCCAUAAUCUUAUAAGCUUAAGAGUGUCCAACAACAAUAUUUCUGGUGAGAUACCACCUGAAUUGGGAAAUGCAACUCAGCUACGUGUACUUGACAUCUCUUCAAACCAUCUCAUUGGAAAAAUCCCAAAGAGUUUAAGAAGGUUAACCUCAUUGAUAAACCUUGAUUUAAACAACAACAAACUUUCAGGAAACAUUCCUUUGGAAAUUGGUGAGCUGUCAGACUUGGAACGUCUUAAUUUGGCAGCAAAAUAUCUAAAGGGCUCAAUUCCGGGACUGUUAGGAGAGUGUGUGAAACUAUUGUAUUUGAAUUUGAGCAAAAAUAUUCUUGCUGAAGGUAUUCCUUUUGGCAUAGGCAAUUUACACUCUCUUGAAAACCUUGAUGUCAGCCACAAUUUAUUAAAAUGGAAAAUACCAACCCAACUUGGACAAUUGGAGAAGUUAGAAGCAUUGAAUCUCUCCCACAAUAAGCUUUCUGGAUCCAUUCCAUUGACUUUUGAAGGUAUGUUAAGUUUGACUUCUGUUGAUGUAUCAUACAAUCAGUUGCAGGGUCCUGUUCCAAAAAAUAAAGCCUUUCAGGAGGCAUCAUUUAAUGCAUUCCGUAAUAACAAAGCUUUAUGCGGCAAUGCCACUAGUUUGAAGGCUUGCGCCCCCACAAAGAACAAUGAUGCUAAUAAAGAGAAGAGCAACACACUUGUGAUUUUGAUUAUAGUCCCUCUUUUAGAACUUGCUUAUACAAUGGAAGUGAAUGAGAAAUGUGAUGUUUUUAGCUUUGGAGUGUUGGUAGUAGAAUUGAUCAUGGGAAAGCAUCCAGGCGAGCUCAUCUCCUCUCUAUCAUCAUCAUCUUUAUCGCCACCGACAUUGGUUGUUCGAGAUAUACUCUUGAAGGAUGUGUUGGAUCAAUGUCUUUCACCUCCAAUGGCAGAGGAAUUAGUCUUUAUCACCAAGCUAGCUUUUGCAUGCUUGCAUGCAAGUCCCCAAUCUCGGCCAACAAUGAGAGAAGUCUCCACAGAGCUAUCGAAACAAGGGCCAACUCUGCAAAAUCCAUUCCACAAGAUUACACUAGGACAACUGCUUGAUUUUGGAUGUUUAGCCUCCUGA